CCCGAAGCCUCUCGGAAGUUAAGGGAAUAGGCCCAAUCAGCUUCCACGACUACAGCCACCGGCGGCUCAGCGUCUCAGCGUCUCUUACUUGGUGGUGCACGGGAUCUGUUGACUGUGCCGAUGGGCUUCCGGGGCCGCGAAGUGGAGGACGGCGACCUCGGGGUUGGAGGACGGAACGGGGGGGCUUGAUGGGCUUUUUUGCUCGUGUAUAAAGAUAUGGGCGUGGUCGUGAUACCUUGACGAUGAUACCGAGACAGCCACGCUUGUAGUAGGACUUGUCAAAGACAAGGUCGAAUCAUCCAGCAUCCCCAUCCAGGUUAUUGCCUCAACCUUGUAGCAUUUCACAAUUAAAUCCGAAAAAGAAAAUGGCAGACGGUACCGAGGUGGUCAAGAUCGGGGUCUUCAUCCCAUCCGAGUGCCAGCUCCUCGACAUGGCUUGCAUAGACGUCCUGUUUAUGAUGUCGAGAGAGUACCUGGGUGGUCUACCCACGAUACCCAAACACAUCCCAGAACUGGCGCCGAGUGUAGAGAUCUUUUACAUUACUGCAAAGGCCAGCAGCCCCAAUCCCAAUCCAGAGGACCCGGAUGCAGCAGAGCACCGCCGUCCUUUGCUCCUCCCGCUCACAGCAGGCGUCAAGAUCCAGCCCACACACGACGUCUCCAGUCCGGAGGUCCAGCCGGGCAUGCUGGAUAUCUUGCUCGUGCCCGGGCCGGAUCCGGGGGCGAGCUGGGAUGAAGAUACGCUGGGAUUCUUGAGGGGACAUGUUGUUCAGGAGGAGGAGGAAGAAGAAGGAAAGAGGGCGACGGAUGUGUUGAGUGUUUGUACGGGGGUGUUUUUAUGCGGUGCCGCGGGGGUUUUGGAUGGGAGGAAGGUAUGCGGGCCGAGAGGAUUGCAGGAUGUUUUGAGGAAGAGGUUUCCGGGGGCCAUGUUUGUGGGGGAUGAGUUUCGAUGGUGUCGGGAUGGGAAUUUUUGGAGCUGUGGGGGUAUCACGAACGGUAACGAUCUGGUGGCGGCGUACGCUCGGAGCAGCGAGAGGCGCCUCUUUCCUGCGCCGAUUGUCGAGAUUGCAUGUAAGAUGGCGGAAGUUGGGGAGAGGGGCCAGAUGUAUGAACAGGGGCAGACGAGGUUUACUUUGGGGUUUGUGUGGUUGCUCGUCAAGGCUUGGUUUGUGAAGCCGAGUAACUAGAUCAAAGAGACUUCAAUGAGGAGGAACAUUUGAUAUUGGAAGAAGUGGUGAGUUAGGAGACGAAUGGGAAGAAUGAGACAUGGCUACUUCCAAAUGUAGAUUGAGUAAGGCAAUUACAGCUGGUCUGCAUGCUGGCGGGGACUCACGAACAUAGAAGAGAGGCGUUAUCAAUCUGUUAAUGAUGAGAUUCAUCUGGUAACGACAAGAACAAGGAUUUGCCCGCCCAACUCAAGCCAACUUGCCAUCGUGAUCUCGUCAGACCAUGUGGUAAAUCUCAAUCUGAUGGCGCAACAAACAAACAAAGGCGGGAAGGCAGCACAGACUUCGUCUACAGCAUCAGCACCAAGUCCAGGCAGAAAGCGGUGUACGAGUG